UAAAUUUUGUUGGUUUCUGCGUUUUAUAUCCUCACUUCAAGCUUGCAUUUGCUCACUACGCAUAAAUUUUCCCGAGACUGUGAAUGACAACAUUGUUCAACGAGCAAACGAAACAAUGGGAUUACAGAACGAUGUAAAUGCUGGUUUGGACAUUGAUCCAGCCUUUAUAGUCUCUCCGGAAGACAGGCCCAAAAUUGGAAACAAUAUUAGCAACUCCCCAGCUGAUGAGCAAGUACCAGUGAUAGAUCUUAACAAUAUAGAAACGGUGACAAGCGAAAUCCAUAGAGCCUGCAAGGACUGGGGAUUCUUCCAAGUCAUAAACCAUGGCGUACCUCGCCAACUCAUCCACACGCUCCAAUUUCAAGCAGCUGAAUUCUUCUCGCUGCCCAUUCAAGAAAAGUCCAAAGUUAGAAGAGACUUUAGUAACCCCUUUGGCUACUAUGACAAUGAACUCACCAAGAAUGUGAGAGACUGGAAGCAAGUCUUUGAUUUUGCAUGCACAGGCACAAUCCAUCUUCCUCGUCAUUUUGAAGCAGAUUCCAGUGAAACAUUACCCUUGACAAAUCAGUGGCCAGAUAACCCACCUCAUCUAAGGGAGGCCUGCGAGAAAUACGCUGAGGCUGUAGAGAAGCUAUCAUUCAGAUUGCUGGGACUCAUAUCUAGAAGCUUAGGAUUGCCCAGUGACUAUUUUGAUUCAAAGUUUGAAAAGCACACUUCUUUUCUAAGGUUGAAUUAUUAUCCUACGUGUCCAGUGCCUGACAUGGCUCUGGGUGUGAGUAGACACAAGGAUGUGGCUGCGCUGACUGUGUUGCUUCAGGAUGAGGUUGAAGGACUACAAGUUAGGCGCAAGGAUGGAGAGUGGGUGCCAAUCAAAGCCGUUCCUAAUGCUUUUAUUAUCAAUGUGGGAGAUUGUAUGCAGGUUUGGAGCAAUGACAAAUUUGAGAGCGUAGAACAUAGGGUAGUGGUGAAUGACAAGAGAGAAAGGUUCUCUAUUCCCUUCUUUUUCAAUCCUUCACAUUAUGUGAUGAUGGCACCUGUGCGCGAGUUGUUGAAUGAAGAAAAUCCACCCAGGUAUAAAGAAUUCAACUGGGGCAAAUUCUACAAGAGGAGAAAUGACAGCAAUUUUACGAACUUGGGUACUGAGAAUCUUCAAAUCCAUCACUUCAAUAAAUCCCUAAAUUCUCCUUAAAGAAUAAUUAUAUCCUUGUAUGUAUAUUUGCAUUUUCAUACUUCAUCUUCUUAUAUCAUGAGCUAUUCCUAAUUAUUGUAUAGUUUGCAAGCAAGCGCUCUCUCUCUCGGCUCCAUCAAACUCAUAUCUCUUGUAAUAAAGUAUUUACAGUUCAAUUUAGAUUUUGCACUCUGAGCUGGAUAUUAAUUUAGCAGACUGAUUAUAACUUGUGCACUUCAUAAUACCAUAUAUAUGUUUUAUUUCCUCUGCCA